AGAAUGAAGAGGGCCUAUAAAAACCACGGGAAAAACUGAAACCAACCAGCAAACAGAUAGUGUGUUAGUGGCUACACAGCAUGAAAAUAACCAUUUCCUUGAUGUUAUUGAAAGAUUUAUCGAAAAUUGUGCAGCCAUAAACACCAUCUGCCAUUUCUUGAUAAAUGGAAAUGGCCUGUAAAUAAAGAUGUACUUUCUCAGAAAUAAACUAGUCAAAUGAAAACAACAUUUUCUCAGUGACAGAGUUGGUCGAAAGUGAUGAAUUUGUGCAAAAUAUUUUCCUAGUAUAGUCACUGACAUUUUGACAUAUCAGCAUACCUAAUCAAACAUUGUACUUUUCUUUGAUGAUAAAUUUUAUUCACAUUUGAUACUAUUUUUGCAUUUUGAAUAAAGAGAUUAACACUGUCCUGAACUUCCAUUAUUUUUGUCCUUUUGAUACAAAAAAGUACUAAAUUUUAGUUUACUAUAAGGUAACACAAUUAAUGUUAAAGAAGGUAACAUUGUUGCUAGCUAUUAACCUGUAUUUACAAUACAUGGAGCGUGCUCCAGGGGCAACUUUUCUCCAAUUUUUAAAACAUUAUAAAAUUCCAGAAAUAAAUCUUUGAUAUCUUGGUAUGUUACUAAAUGGCUUUUACAUUGCCAUAGAACAGUCUAACUUCGUUUUUAAAAGGGAGCAAAGUAAUCCCACUUUAUGGUGUAUUCGUUUAAAGUAUCUUGUAGUCAAUCUCCUGUGGCACUGUAUCUCCAAUUUUAUCCUCAGUUGUAAUCAUGAUGAGCCUCAUAUUUAUUGGUUGCUCAUAAAAUACAAUAAUACUUCUUUGUAUAUAGGGCGAACCUUAAUAAAUCCGACACUCUGCAGGGACAGAUUCCUGACUGGAAAUGGAGGAAAACAGGUCUAUGAACAUGUGUUCAGAAAUGGACAGUGUACAUGCAACGACAACAAAUCGUCCUGGAACACAGCACAGAGCUGCUUCGCAUCCACAUCACAACAAAUGUUCAAAGUGGCCUCCAUGGCAGCUGUAAUCAUGCAGGAUACACAUAAUCGUACUUUGGUUAACACAACGUUGGCGGGCAACUUGCCUGGAGCUUGUAUUAGGCGUCGUCUCAAUACCCUAUAGAACUCGGUCCUCCAAAUCUAGUCUACACACAAUCCGCUACCUCCAUGCAUGUUCGUCUGUCUAAAAGGACUCGUGAUCACAAAACAGGCUUGAAAAGUUGUGUGACGUGGUUAGUGUAGGUGAGGGCAUUUGUUUUAUUAUAGCCGUGCUGCCUCUCGACUGUCUCUUCUCCUUGGCCCUUACAAAAACACCAUCUCGACUUGUUCCCACGAUGAAUACCGGAUCAUUUUGCUCCUUACACCACGGUGUCUCAAUCACACAGUAUGGAACACAAGGAACACAUGGUCAGAUGAACUGUCGUUUAUCAGCGCCGUCUACGGUGGCAACGAUGGGUUUCCCGACCAUGUUCAUAAGACCUUUUUUCCUACAUUUUGUCUGUUUUUAAUAAUUCACCCUGUAUUUCGUCCUCCCUGGCGCCAGAUCGAACAGAUUUCGUUAUUUGGUUAGCUCUUUCCGGUAAACUGUCUACAGAGAUUUUUUAUUUUUAUACAUUCCCGUUUCACUGUUUGUCGUAGGGUGAACUGCUCGGGAUUUUUCUGUUUAAUAACUAUAAACUACUGCCCUCUGAUCUCGGUUGCUGUAUUCCUUGCUCUUAAAUUUUCCUACUCAUUUCUAUAAAUUCAUGAAUUAACUCUCUACAACACUAACGUGUGUCUGCUAUUUUAAAAUUCACUAUGCACACACAAACGAGAAACACUAGCCUGGACAGAGCUGGUAACUUUCACGUGUACCACUUUUUUGGCAAUAUCCUGUCCGCACGUUACAAGUUUUCAACAUAGAUGCGACUUGGCACACAGAUUCGAGCAUUAUGUUACUCAAACCUGCAACUCCAACUUCCAUAUUUCCACCAAAGAGUUAGAAAACUGUCUCCAGCAUCUGAGUUUCUGCACAACUCAAAUCUGCGCAAAUAUCCUGAGCACAAGCGACGAUCAGUUCGCGGUGAUAUGUGCGUCGACACAUCCUUGGUUACGCCUUCACAGCAAAUCCAUAUUUAAAUGUCGAAGAGCACAAACGACGAUUCGUUCGCGGUGAUAUGUGCGCAGACACAUCGUUGGCUACGCCAAGUGUUUGCAAUGUGCUGUAGACCCUAUGGCUGUAUUGUAACGCAAAUGCCAAAUAAAAUUACUUAAAAAUUAUGUAUCUCUUUGUCGGUAACCAUAACACUAAGAGUUUAUUUCGUGUUACAUUAAAUAUCAAAGAAUUUCACAAGAAGUCAAACUUUGAGAUCUGGAACCUUAGCCACACAAUCAUUCAUGAAGUUUUAAAGAAUACCAUCUUGGAUGUGAUUAAAUGGAUCGUUUUCCCCACUCGUACCGUAGUUAAAUAAUAUAUACAUUAUUUCAGUUCUAUAAAUGAAGUAUUUAUUCAGGUUUUACUUUAUCUUAGUUGUAAGCUGUGCGUCGACUGCUUGUACAGUCCAGUGACUUAUCUUAGUAACUAGUAUGCCAAGUAGUUUAAUUCACUUGUGCCUUUAUAGAUCAUGUAAUGCAGUGCUUUAAAGUGAACUGUUUGUGCCAAAGGAGAACUAUUCUUUUACCGAAGAACACUGCCUAAGUACAAGGUUAUGUGUCGCUGGCUUCUGGAUCGUAUACAAAACGCUAAUACCUCAUUUUCAAUUAGAACUGACGUAUCAUCAGCAAAUAAGACUGAAUGAACAUCAAUAGCAAGUGGUGGGUCAUUUACGUAAAAAAGAAACAGGUAGGGGCCCAAUAUCGAACCUUGUGGGGGCUCCUUGGGGGACUGUUUUCCAGUCUGAUGAAUAAUUGGUUCCAUUUGAAGUUAAAAUUACUCUUUGUUUCCUACCUGACAGCUGUUAUCCUGUGUAUGGAGAUAUGGAACUGUGGGCAAAGACAUCACUUUUGCUGUGUUCCUUUGGAUUCCUGAAAGAGUUCAGGCCAUCUGAACCUUUCAUAACCAGCUUCUUAUUAGGGCCAUGGAAAAAUUUUACUGAAGAACAGGUCAAUCAAGAAAUAUAUGCUGUAGGCACAUAUUCUUAUUUGGGAGUUUUAAUUGUGAUCUUCCUUGUGACAGAUGGACUGAGAUACAAACCAGUGAUAAUUUUAACUGGGUUGACGGGAAUUGCCACAUGGAGUGUCCUGACAUGGGGAAAGACCAUCCCAUUGAUGCAGCUGGUAGAGGUACUCUAUGGCGUUUUCAUGGCAUCUGAAGUUGCUUAUUACACAUACAUUUAUGCUAAGGUUGAUCGUGUCCAUUACCAGAAAGUCACUAGCCACACAAGAAGCGCCUACCUCACAGGGAGAUUUACUUCAUCAGUAGUCAGCCAGAUAUUGGUCUCUACUGGCACAAUGAAUUAUUUUGAACUCAAUCAUCUCACCGUUGGUGCAAUGGUUAUAGCAACAGUGAUUGCAUUUUGUCUGCCAACCGUGCCACGAAGCAUAUAUUUUCAUCCGGAGACAAAUAACAAUCUUAAUCAGCACUUGAAAAGUGUUGAGAGUCAAUCCAUAUCAACAGCAGAUCUUCCUGUAAGUGGUGAUGCACCAGUACACGAAAUAAAAAAAGAAAGAUUUGUGGAUAUGCUGCUACGAGUAUACAUACAUCUCUGGAAAGAUUUUAAACUUGCUUACACAAAUAUUUAUGUUUUGAAGUGGUCACUUUGGUGGUGUGUUGCAACAUGUGGCUUUCUGCAGGUAUUGACAUACAUUCAACUUUUGUGGGACUCUAUUCUGAAUGAGAACAAAAAAGAACAACAACAGCUCCUUUAUAAUGCUGCAGUUGAAGCAAUUUACACAAUUAUUGGAGCAAUGUCAUCUCUUGCCUGUGGCUGGUUAAGAUUCAAUUGGCAACUGAUUGGAGAAUUAUUUCUUACAAUUUGUUCACUGCUGCAAGGAAGCGCACUUUUAAUUUCGGCUCUGACGAAUUCAUUAUGGGUUUCAUACACACUUUACAUUGUUUUUGGAAUACUGUAUCAUACAAUGAUGACAAUCACAAACUCAGAGGUAGCGAAGCACAUCAGUGAAGACAGUUAUGGACUCGUAUUUGGAAUUAACACAUUCUUUGCCCUCAUUCUACAAUCCGUACUCACUGCUGUUGUUGUUGGGAAUGGAGGACUUGAACUCAAUGCAAAAGACCAGUUCAUUGUUUAUGGAGGCUACUUCUUGGUUCUGGGUGCUUUCUUUUCUGUGGCGACAGUGUAUACACUGUGCAGGCGUAACAUAUGCAGAGAAAAACUGUGGCUUUCCGAUGAUACAAUGAUCUCUGGCAACUGACACACUGUAUUGUAAUAAUAGGUUUUUUUUUAACUUUGGCUUGUACUUAAUGAGUAAUUAGGUGAUAUAAUUUUGGAAAAUGACCUAGUUUUCUUUCCUGUUACGCACAAUAUUUUGUUUAAUAUCUAUUAGGCAGUGCACAAAAAGUAAAUGAGUAGUAGUAAUAGUAAAGGGAAACUGCCUUGAGACAUUUCUUUCAUUUUCACUUAAUUUGAUACAUGUAAAUGUAGAAGAAAACUAUAAUAAUACCAUGCUGGUAUUGCCUGUGGGAGUGGAAAUAGUGUUCUCCAAAAAUUUAAAUUAAUGUUUCUGUAUUUGUGAUCCAACCCAUCCAACCCACUUCAAACUCAGGCUGGUAAAAUGGUAAAAAGAACUAUUUCUAUCAGUGAUGUACUUUAGUUGCCAAUCUGAGAACUUAGUGUACACUAUCUUUGUUCCAAGUAGUAAGGUGGAAUCAGUAAUGUUUUAAAUCCACAUUUUAAAAUAUAGGACUUAAAAAACAA